CUCACACCAUUGGCCGUUCGAUAGCCAAUGGGCUCUCAGCAACGCUUCGACUGUCGCGUCCGAGGAGAAGCAGCCUGCUUGCCGAGUCCAAAGUGGAAAAGUAGCUAGCUACCGUUGGUGACGCAAGAAUUGACUGACAAAUGGAGAAAGACUAAUGAAGAUGCUUCAAGAUCAUUGGAGGAACCACUUCCCUAUCCCUUUGGCCUACCUAAAACAAAUGGUUCCCUUGUUCUCCUAUGUGGGCUGACCACUGGAGGAAGUUCUUCCACGAGAACAGCAACACCAACAAUCUCACCGAAAGAUUUGUCCUGCACUUGAAAUAUCAGUUUCUGAAGGGUACUGCCAAUCGGCGACUAGAUGAUUUUCUGAUACUCCUUGCAAGUCAGGCGAAUGGAUAUUUCAGGUACACAUGGCAGUGGCAGGUAAAAAUGACUUUGCAGUUCUCAACACCGGGCGGAAGAUGCCUCUCCUUGGGCUGGGAACAUGGAAGAGUGAACCUGGCAAGGUUAAACAGGCAGUAAUCUGGGCCUUGCAGGCUGGCUACCGUCACAUCGACUGUGCUGCCAUCUAUGGCAACGAGGUGGAGAUCGGAGAAGCUCUGCAGGAGACACUUGGCCCUGACAAAGCCUUGAGGCGAGAGGAUGUGUUUAUCACCUCCAAGCUGUGGAACACACAGCAUCACCCGGAGGAUGUGGAGCCCGCUCUGCUGAAGACACUGAAGGAGCUGAGUCUGGAGUACCUGGAUCUAUACCUCAUCCACUGGCCCUACGCCUUCCAACAAGGUGACGCUCCUUUCCCCAAGUCGGAGGACGGCACCCUGCUGUACGACGACAUCGACUACAAGCUGACUUGGGCUGCCAUGGAAAAGCUGGUGGGAAAGGGCCUGGUCAGGGCUAUCGGCCUGUCCAACUUCAACAGCAAACAGAUAGACGACGUUCUCUCCGUAGCCAACAUCAAACCCACUGUGCUUCAGGUGGAAAGCCAUCCGUAUCUGGCUCAGGUGGAGUUGCUGGGACACUGCCGGGACAGAGGCCUGGUGAUUACAGCGUACAGCCCACUGGGGUCACCGGAUCGGGCAUGGAAGCAUCCUGAUGAGCCCGUCCUCCUGGAUGAAGCAGCAAUCGACACCCUGGCCAAGAAGUACAACAAGUCCCCAGCACAAAUUAUCCUUAGAUGGCAGACACAGCGAGGAAUAGUGACGAUCCCUAAAAGUGUGACAGAAUUUCGGAUCAAAGAGAAUAUUCAGGUCUUUGACUUUACCCUUGAAGCGGAAGAGAUGAAGUGUAUAACAGCAUUGAACAGAGGCUGGCGCUACAUUGUACCAACUAUCACAGUUGAUGGGAAGCCCGUCCCCAGGGAUGCAGGACAUCCACACUACCCCUUUAGUGACCCCUAUUGAGCAAUUCCCCACUCUGCUGCCCUAUUUUGUGCCUUGGGAACUCACUCCCCUUCCUCAACCCCCUCCAAGGCUGUGUCCCAAUUCCAUUAAAUGUCUUCCUCCUUCCUAACCACUGAUUUGAUAAGGGAAAGAGGGACAUUUAAGGCAGGGCUGCCCAACACUCUUCCUGGAGAUCUACAGUCCUGUGGGGUUUCAGUCCAACCCUAAUUUAACACACCUGAUGCUACUAAUUAGCUGCUCAACAAGACCUUAACUUGCUGAAUUCAGAACCGCUAAAUUAGGGUUGGACUGAAAACCUACAGGACAGUAGAUCUCCAGGAAGAGGGUUGGGCAGCCCUGGCUUAAGGGGAAAGAAGGUUGUGGAAAAUCCAUCUCCUUUCAGAUCAUUGGUCAUGGUGGCGUGGGGUGACAAGAAAAGGGGUAUUUUUGAGAGUAUUGGGACAUAGCAUGUUCUUCAUAAUAUUUUUUUGUUUGUUACUGCCCUGUUUGCUUUUUUGACGAGGGUUAAUUACAAUGCUUGUUUACCAGGAGGGAAAACUAUGAAUGGGGAGUUAACAUGCAGAAACAGUCUAACAACUCUGUCUGACCUGCUUUUGGACUCGGGCUGCACAAAAGCACUGAAGUGACAUGUUUAUGGAUAGGCAGUGUUAUGUUUUAAACUGACUUGCCUAGUUAAAUAAAAUAAAAAUAUGUUUUGUAUUUUAAAUAUAUUGAACCCAUCUAUCACCUUGCUGCCCAGUGCUUUACAACCGACUCAACAUAAAGAGAUAUUUCCUACUUGCAA